CACUCGCUCUCACUCCCCUUUAUACAGGUAUUCUGGGCCAGAUGGGCCUCACUGAACUCUGAUCCCCUGCUUAUAUAUAAAUGGCUUUUUCGAGUGAACCUUCAUCCAACGCAUGCUCAUCCUUUGGUCCUGAAUCGUUUCUGCACCCAAAAAAAGCGUGUGUUGGCGCCCACACACGAGAGAGAGAGAGAGAGAGAGAGAGAGAGGAAGGAGACAAUGAAGGGAGCAAUAGGAAUGAGAAAAGGUGCGUGGGCUGAGGAAGAGGACGUGUUGCUGAAGAAGUGCGUGGAAAGAUAUGGUGAAGGAAACUGGCACCAAGUCUCUCGCAGAGCAGGGUUGAACAGGUGCAGGAAAAGUUGCAGGUUGAGGUGGUUGAACUAUCUGAAGCCCAACAUCAAGAGAGGGGCGUUCCAGGAGGACGAGGUCGACAUGAUCAUCAGGCUUCACAAGCUUCUUGGUAAUCGAUGGUCACUGAUUGCGGGGAGAAUUUCGGGAAGAACCUCGAACGACGUCAAGAACUACUGGAACACGCACUUGGCCAAAAAGGUCGUCCAUCACAAGCCGGACGGAGACGACCCGCCCGGGAAGUUCGCCGCCAAAGUGAACGUCAUACGGCCUCGACCUUGGACUUUCUCGAAGAGCUCGGCAUGGUUCAAUGGAAAAGCCACGCUGGUGGCUUCAAGGACUCCAUUAGGUGGAAACCAUGGACAACCAUCUCCAGUGUUGUCUCAUCAGGACAAGAAGAGUGCAUGGUGGGAAAACCUGUUCACUGACAGCAGCUUCGACGAAGGACAGCCGGACGCGAGCUCAUGGCCUCAGGAACUUGCCAUGGAAGAGGGGCGAAAUGGUUGGAACAAUCACUCUUUCGACGCGGACAUUUGGGAACUUCUUGGGGCAAACCCUCAACCCGUGAUCUAGCCAUGAAUUUGCUCAAUCGUCUAGCUAGCUAUUUCUACUAGG